AUGGCAGAUCAGUUCAAGGCCCGGACGCUGAAGCGCAAGAAUGUCAAAGGUCUUGCUUUGAAUGCUGCACCUAAGGCGGCUGACAAACCCUCUGAUGGCGAUGCCCAGAUCCCGGGCGCCCUCGGCAAUACCGAUAGCAAUCGGACCGACACUCUCGAGAUUGGUCUGGAGUUUCGAUUGGAUCUCCGCAGUGAGGAUCUGAUCACAUUGAAGGAGCUCGGUGCUGGAAAUGGCGGCACCGUCUCCAAGGUGAUGCAUGCAUCCACCAAAGUGGUCAUGGCCCGCAAGGUGAUUCGAGUGGAUGCCAAGGAGAACGUGCGCAAGCAGAUUCUGCGCGAGCUCCGAGUGGGACACGAGUGUAACUCUCCAAACAUCGUGACCUUCUACGGAGCCUUCCAGAACGAGGCCGGAGACAUUGUGUUAUGCAUGGAGUACAUGGACUGCGGAUCCCUCGAUCGUAUCUCGAAAGAUUUUGGCCCUAUCCGAGUGGAUGUGCUCGGUAAGAUCACCGAGUCAGUGCUGGCUGGUCUCUGCUACCUCUACGAGACCCAUCGCAUCAUGCACCGGGACAUCAAGCCAUCCAACGUGGUGGUGAACUCACGGGGCCAGAUUAAGCUGUGCGAUUUCGGUGUCGCCAGCGAGACUGUCAAUUCGAUUGCCGACACCUUUGUCGGUACAUCCACCUACAUGGCGCCCGAGCGAAUCCAAGGAGGUGCCUACACGGUCCGCUCAGACGUAUGGAGUGUGGGCCUAACGGUCAUGGAAUUGGCGGUGGGCCAUUUCCCUUUCGACAGCUCCGACUCUGCAGCGGGCGAUCGAGCCAGUGCAGGACCGAUGGGAAUUUUGGACUUGCUCCAGCAAAUUGUCCACGAGUCCGCGCCCAAGCUGCCCAAGAGCGACGCCUUCCCACCCAUUCUACAUGACUUUGUGGGCAAGUGUCUUUUGAAGAAGCCCGAAGAGCGCCCAACUCCACGAGAACUUUACGACAAGGAUGCUUUCUUGCAGGCGGCCAAGCGAACACCAGUCGACCUUCAGGAAUGGGCUAUCAGCAUGAUGGAGCGGCACAACCGCAAAUCUUAUCUUGCUCCCCCAGCACCCAAGUCUCUCAGAGACACGCCUUCCUCAAUGCCCCAUUCAAAUUCAUCGUCAUCACCGGCACCCACGGCCACACCCCCCGUGGUAGGACAAAAGCCGGCCCCCAUCAGCAAGACUUCGCGCCCUUCACAACCCCAGGCGCAGUCGCCAUAUCAUCCUGCGGCGGGCGACAUCCCCUUGAACAUCGCCCAGGACUAUCCCACCGCCAGCCGACCAUACGGCUCCUCACAUGGCCACUCACACUACGCCAAUCCCGCCUCCUACUCGCAGUCCCGGUCUGCGCAGUCUCCUCCUCCUCCGUCCUUGGAGCAUCUCUCCCUCGAUAGCAGGGAAGAUGACCCCCGCUACGGGCGCCGCCCGAUGCGCCACCACGGGGACCCGGGGUCCGCGGUCGAGCCACCAGCUCGGCCUUAUAUGAGUCCGCGCUCCGCUAGCUCCCACAAUUCGAAGCGGACAAACCUCACAACGGGCACACUGCCGAUUAGGGCUGCCCCCCCGCCCUCGCAAGCCCCGCCGCCACCUCCUGUGUCGGCUGGUGGUAGCUGGCGAGGGUACCCGGGUCAGAUGCCUUCGUCGUAA